AUGAUCAUGGGGGUAAGUACUACAUCCGCACAUGCGCGUGUGUGCGAAAAAGUGUGUGUGUGUGUGUGUGUGUGUGUGUGUGUGUGUGUGUGUGUGUGUCCAAGCGACAUCCAAUCCCUCGUCGCAUCCGACGAAACAGGCGGCGUUGCCCCGUUUCUCGUCAGCAUGGGACCAACAAGACCGCAGAAUGAUGCUAUCAAGCCUCCAACCUCUCCCCCGCCCUUUGUUUCGUGUGUUACAACCCCUAUCCAUAGUGUGGAUGCAUCGGCAACAUCAGUGUGUGUGUUCAUGACGAAUUUUUUUGCAAAGGGAGAGGGAAAGAGAGAGAGAGAGAGAGAGAGAGGAGAGAGAAAGAGAGAAUUUAAAAGCAAUGUGAGAGAGAGAGAGAGAGAGAGAGAGAGAGAGAGAGAGAGAGAGAGAGAGAGAGAGAGAAACGGCAACGCGGGGCACCGGCCGCCUAGUGGGCUGGGCGGCGAAGAGGCGGCUGGAGGGAUUGAGCCUGAAUAUGAUGUGGCAGACAAGGGUGGCAUGGACCCUGGCCGCAUGCGCAUCUGUGGCGGCCCCUCGUGGCGCGUUGCACUCCGCCUGAUCUGGGCCUAUAAAUAUGACUGGUUCACCUGCAUUUGCCUUCUUGCGGUGGGUGGGUUGCCCCAGGAGCUGGUCGAUCCGUAUGUUUCCGCAUGGUCCCUGACCGACUCCUCGUAUCACGUCGAGAACAAUGCCGGAAGCUCGGAUAACAAGGUGCCCAGUGUGGUGCUUCUGCCGGUUUUUGGCGUUGCGGGGCUCUUUGUCAUUUCACUGAUCCCGAUCAUUCUCACGCCCUUCCGCGGCUACUUUAACCUGCGUGAAGUACAUCACCUGGCCUUGGCCCACUUUUAUGCCAUUUGCCUCGAAAACGGCGUGCGCGGUCUCUUAAACAUCAUGUCGGGCGAGCUGCGUCCAAACUUUUAUCAAACUUGCCAACCUGAUGUGGACAACUACGUCAUUGGCCAGCAACCAGUGUGCCUUAACCCUGAUAGUGAGGCACUGGCAGAUGGCCGCCGCAGUUUCCCCUGUGGGCAUUGUUCGUUCUCCAUCUCGGUGGCGGCCACGCUCUCGCAGCACCUCUUUGCGCUGCUCGAUGUCUAUGAUGGUCGAGGUUGGAUCUAUCGCAACGUGAUUGUCUUGAUCCCGCUUGUCGGAUCGUUUCUCGUCUCGCUCUCGCGCAUUACUGAUGGUCGUCACCAUGGCUCUGAUGUCAUCAUUGGUUUAAUUCUUGGCUUUACUGCAUCCUUGAUCGCGUACAACACGUAUUUUGCAUGGUUGAUGGGCCCGGCCCGUGGAAAACCGCUGUGUGUGCGUGACACCAUUGGCAUGCCCCAGCAUUUGAUCCAUCCAGCCGUGACCACGCCCCGUCUUCCCCAAAGAUACGACCAAGCCCCUGCAGCGGGUAGCACUCAAGCAGUUAUGGGACCGUACGGUAAUGGCGUACACGCCCUUGAUAAUGAGGAGAUGAUCAUCAACAUUGCUCAAAUGGUGGAAUGCCACGGCAACGCCUGCAUCGAUGCCAUGCAGCCCACCUGGGACUUUCUCGAAGCCUCUUUGCGCGCAGAAACCAACGCCACCAACCUGACCAUCAAUGUACACAGCUUCCGAACCACUGCCGAGUUCAAGGCCGCCAUCUCCCAAGCCAACGCCAGCUUUCAUUUUAUUUUUGGUGAUGGUUUGACCAUGGCAUGUGGUAGCUUGAUGCUCCACACGGCCCCAAUCGCCGCCCUCGCCAGCAACGUUGCCGGCCACUACAUCCGUCAUACCGGUGCCGUUAUUUUGACGAGCAACUUUAGUGUCAACUCGAUCGCUGACAUUGAUGGACAUGCCGUCACUGUUGCAGAGCAUCCGCUGUUUUCGGCUACCCUCAUCGGGCUUCGCAUCAUGCGCGAGCUUGAGCAUGAUCCUUUCUUGACUGCAAAACAGGUGCGCUUUACCUACUCGGCCGAGGAAGCUCUUUUGGAUAUUGUCAAUGGCCCCAGUGAGAUUGCCCUCGUGCCGGUCGGCGUGCUUGAGACGAUGAUCCAUGAUGGUCUGCUGCAGACCGAUCAGCUCAAGGUCCUCCAUGAAACCUUCCAUACUGUGCUUGGUGAGCCAUUUCCCCUCCGCACGUCUUCCCAGCUCUAUGCCGGCUCCAGUCUUGCCGCUUUUCCUGACACCUCGGAAGAGUUGGUCAACUUGGUUGAAGCCAUUCUCUUCUCUAUCACCAACGAAACUGUCAUGGCUAUCAACGGGUUCUACCACCACUGGGCAUAUCCCCUGGCCUAUUCCUCCUCACAAAACUUGCUGCAACGCAUGGGGGUCAUUGAUGACGACGGCGAGAGCUACUCUUGCAAGUCCAGUGAGGAUAUGGAACAUCAAUUCGACUACUGUCCGCUUGGAUCUUUCCCCAUGUCUUUUGGGGAGCGCUACACGGCUUGUGGCGCCGAUGCCCCAUCAUGCGCCACUGUUCUUCGUUGCACCUGCAAUCCUUGUCGGGUGUCUGAUGAAGUCGAGGUUUUUGCCUUCAUUACCAAACAUCCCGACAACACGCUCGGCUCGGCUCCAGCUGAUAAGAGUAAAAUGGAUGAACAAUUUAGCAUGCGAGGUUCUGAGCUGCUCAACCAAUUCAGCCUCAACGCCGAGGAAGCUGGUGCUCAACUCUGUGCCCGCAUCGAUACCUGCGUCACCGUACAACAAUUCGAUCGGAUCGACUUUCAGAUUGUGGAUCACCGUCACCAUGUGCGUGUCGAUGCAGUGGUCACCUAUACGGUCGAUCUCAUUACCGAAGAGGAGCUGGAACAUCUGAGUGACCUCACUACGGCCCAUUUGACCAACUACGGCAGCUACGACGUGUUCUUUGAGGCAGCUGACAUCUUUCUCAAGCAUGGUCUCUACACGAUCGAAGUGCUGCUGGAUGGCGAGCACGUGGAGGCAUCGCCCUUCUUUGUCAGCGUUAUUGGUCGAGACUGUGACAACCACGAGCAUGCUACGGACGACGGUGGUUGCACUUGCGUAGCAGGCUACACCAAGAGUCAGGGCACGUGCAUCCCCACGAGCAAGCUGAUGAUUCAAAUCCUCAUCCCUCUGGUCAUUGUCAUGAUCCUCUUGGGCUUUGCCUACAAAGUCUACGCUCAGUAUCGCGCCGAUGCCGUUUGGCGCAUUGGCUUUGAUGAGUUGAAGUUUGGUUCACCCCCGGUGGUGCUGGGUGAAGGUGCAUUCGGUCAAGUCCUCGAGGCGGAGUGGCGCGGCUCUGUUGUCGCCGUCAAGCGGCUCAUCCAAGGCAAAGACCCUGGAUCUCAUGGUUCCCGCGGGAGUGUUCGGCGAAUGGAUAUUUUCAAUUCCAAAGAGGGUGGCGGCGAGAUGAAGCGUGCAACCUCUUUCCUCGGUGACAUGACUCAAAAUCCCAAGGCUCAGAAAUAUCAAAGUGGCACAAUCAAUGCCGCCCGCGUCCACAGUCGCUCCACUGGCAAUGUCCUUCCUACCAUCCGGAGUGAGGGCGCCAGCCCUAGCCAGCGCCUUAAGCAAGAAAUGCGCCUGCUGGCCCGCCUCCGACAUCCUGGCGUUGUGACCGUCAUGGGCGCAGUCUUGGAGGUCGGCAUGGAGCCGCUGAUGGUCAUGGAGCGCAUGGAAAUGAGUCUCUAUCAGCUUCUCAGCAACGAUCAGGUUGAAGCCGGCGUGGAAAUUGUGGUCCCUGUCCUACGCGACAUCACGUCCGCCAUGAUCUUUUUGCAUGCCCACAAACCCAUGGUCCUGCACGGUGAUAUCAAGUCGAUGAAUGUGUUGGUGGAUCAAAACUUCCGGGGCAAGCUGUCGGACUUUGGUUUAUCUGGAAUCAAGCAGAAUCGAAAGGCCUGCGGAUCACCUCCAUGGAUGAGCCCCGAGCUGUUGCGGGGUGGCAGCACCAGUCCCGAAUCAGACGUGUACGCGUUUGGCAUCCUCUUGGCCGAAUGCCUCAACCGCGAGCUGCCCUACCAGGACGAUGACAUGAGCAAUGUGCUAAUGAUGGUGGGCAAGGGGCCUGAUGAAGAUGGCAAUUUGAAGCGUCCGACAAUCAAAAGCGAUCCAACAGAAGGCGUUCUAACGGUCUUGGCCGAGGAGUGCUGGCAUGAGGACCCGAGUGUCCGCCCACCGUUUGCGGAUAUUGACCGUCGCUUGCGUGGUCUGAACAUUAGUUGCGUGGGCGCCACGUUCCUCCAGCGUGGUACCAACAUGACGCAGCAGAGUUUGGUGUUGCAUGAAAUGUUCCCACCGCACAUUGUGGAGAAGCUGAAGCGCGGCGUCAAGGUCGAGCCCGAGGACCACUUUGUCUCCAUCUUCUUCUCAGAUAUCGUCGGGUUUACCAACAUUUCUGCACAGUUGUCUCCAGCCGAGGUGGCAGACAUGUUGGAUCGCUUGUACACCCAGAUGGAUGGUGUGUGCCAUCGUCUGGACCUUUUCAAGCAAGAAACCAUUGGUGAUGCCAUGUUCGUGGUGGGCAACUUGAAGCGCAAGCAUGAUGACCAUUUGGUGACCAUUUGCGAGUAUGCUCAAGAAGUGACUCAGCUGGCCAACGCCACUCCGAUUCACCCCGACCGGCCUGAGCUUGGCACCAUCAACAUUCGGGUGGGCAUCCACUGCGGGCCAGUCGUGUCCAACGUCGUGGGAACCAAGAACCCGCGCUUCUGUUUAUUUGGUGACACGGUCAAUACAGCCUCGCGCAUGGAGAGUAACAGCAUCAAGAACCACAUUCACCUUUCCGGAGCGGCAGCCAAGUUGCUCAAGGAGCAAUACGAAGCCCAGCGUCGCACGGACAUGGCCCGUAGCCUGCAUUGUCGCGGCAAGAUUGAGAUCAAGGGCAAGGGCGGCAUGGUGACGUACUGGCUGCUCCGACCCGAGCAAGUGGAACGAUUGGACCAGGGCAUUUCGCCAGAUGACUUUAACAAGCUGGAGGAGGAGAACAAGGCAGCUGCGGAGCAAGCGGCGCAUUUGAACAAGCCGCGACGCCAGAACAGUCAUCGCAUGCCGGACAUGAGCGGGGCUGUGAAAGCAGGUCCCAGCUUGCUGUUACAGCCGCGCCAACGCCGUCGCUCAAGCACCGAGUCAGGCCACAUGACACCCAUUUCAGAGCAUCACUUGUCCAACGCCUCCAAUCCCUCAGCUUAUCGCAAGCGCUCUUCCCUGGGGCCAGUGGAAGAGGCCCUGCGCCAACCAAGCUCGGAGGAAAGCGCACCUCACGCUGAAAAGCGACUGUCUGAGAGCACCAUUGAGCUGGCCCUGUCCGGGGCCAGACGCAUGUCAGCACCCGACGCUGUGGUGCAUUUGGAGACGAGCGAGAUUUGA